UUUUGCCUCUAAACAAAACACAGUACCCGUACACUACUCUGAUCACAACUACGCACAACACAAGCUUACAGCUUUGAAAUGGCCAAAUCCGACAUCAAAUCACGAGGCGAUCUGGAGAUACUCAAAUCCACAGUGGCUACGACUCUCGCACUCCUCUCCCAGCUCCAGACACCUACUCUGGCAGAAAAGUCAACCCAGGCAGAAGUCAACGCCCUCGACCUUGCCUACGAUGCAGCAUCCCUCAUUCGCGCAUAUUCCACAAAGAUCUCUCUCCUAAUAAUCAACGAGCCGUUCACGGCAUCUGCAAUCACUAAAGUUCUGCGAGAGCUUAUUAGCAGUCCUCUCGCCGGCCUUGCUUCCGCGGUCGAGCUCUGCGAUGCGUCUACAUACACUAAGGCAGUGAACGAGGAGUUGAAGUACCAGGUCAGCAGAGUUAUGAAAGAGUUCGAGACUUUAGUUAAGGCUAUACCCUUGGAUGGCAAGAUCUUAAGCGAUGAUGCAAAGAAUGGGACAGGGGCAACGAAAGGCAAGGGAAGUCUGGCGAUGACAGGAACUGUUUGGCAGGCUUGCGAUGCAGUGAUUGAGCUGAGGAAUUUAGGGAUUACUGGCUUAGUUAUUAGGAAGGCAGAGCAGUACAGGGCGACUCUAAGGGAUGCGCUGGAGGAGCUGCAGGAAUGGGGAGAGGAAGAGUCCGAUGAGGAGAAGGAUGGUCAGGCAGAGAGUGGCGAUGAAGAUGAUGCUCAGGCUGCUGUGGAUGAUAUAUUUGGCAGUCAACGGUACAUCCCUAGCGAGGAUCCAAUGAAGAUCCGUCCUAGGCUGGAGUCAUCGUUGAAGCGACUGAAACUCCUGAGUCUGAUGUACCAAGCAGUGGUUAAGCGGCGCUUCAAAACAAUUCCAAAGAGUCCUCUGCCUGACCCACGUACCGAAGAAGGAAAGCAGGCGAACGGAAAUCCAAACAUUCUAAGCUCUAUAGACCAAGUUCUCGAAGUUAUGAAGGAUAUUCCGGAUAUUGUUGAUGAACUAGCCAGUGCAUUCUACGAGUUGGACGUAAAGGAGAUUGAUAAGAGGAUGGAUCAAUGCUUCUUCUCUGGAUUUCCAACUCUGCAGCUCUUGAACAAAAACUGGAAAGGCCAGGAAGACGAAUUCACGACUUGGGUCCAAAAAUUCCAAGUGGCUAUAAAGAAGGAUGUGAAAGCAGAACAGGGCUCAGACUCGAACUAGAGACGAUGUAUCUAACGAAACCUCUAAUCAGAUGAAUCUUUUCGGCAUGAUCUUAACUGCCAAAUAAUCAGGCUUAUGAUCUGCCCCGAAUACCUUUCUUCGACGUGAUAUCAUCGAUGUUUAUAAUAGAAGAAUAUGUGAACCCAAAAGCAG